CACCGUCUCCCAAUCAAAUUCAAAAUCAGAAAAUAACGAAAUUUUUUUAUUAACCCAAAAAAAAGAAAGGGGGGAGGAGGACGACUAUGGCGUGGUUGGCGCGUUCGCUCGCCGACUCCCUCCGGCUCGACGAGGACGGCGCCGAUGCCGGAGACGGCGACGAUGGCGGUGACGAGGAAGGAGAAGAUUGGAGAGGAGAAGAGAGAAGGGAAAACGACCCCGCACCUCCCAGCCCCACCGACUGUCAUGGCAGUCUCGAUCGAGAUCGAAGUGGCAACCAUAUCGAGGGCGAAUCAGCUGAGGAGUGGCAAUCGCGCGGCGUUAAGGAAGACCUAAACGAGCUGACGCAGACGCUUACACGCCAGCUGUGGGGAGUGGCCAAUUUCCUCGCCCCACCUCCCUCUCAGCCCACCACGCCCUCCCACUCCGAUCCGGGAAUCAGCGAGUGGGAUCGGUUCGGGACACCCGGCCGCCGCUCCAAUUCCAGCUCCGAAGGGAGGGAGCCGAUGGAAGAGGCAGCCAAGGAGGUGAGGUCCAGGGAAAUGGAUGUGGGGUUGGAACCGAUCGAAUCGGAAGGCGAGUACGGAGAAGAGGAGGAGGAGUUUGAGGAAGUGGAGCUGAUUGGGGUUACCGAUGAGGUUUUGGCCUUCGCCAGGAAUAUAGCGAUGCAUCCGGAGACUUGGCUUGAUUUCCCUCUCGAUGCCGAAGACGAUUUGGAUGACUUUAAAAUGUCGGAUGCCCAGCAACAACACGCCCGGGCUAUUGAGAACCUUGCACUGAGAUUACGGGCCCUGAGAAUUGAACUUUGCCCAUGCCAUAUGAGCGAGAGUUACUUUUGGAAAGUCUACUUUGUGCUUCUGCAUUCAAGACUCGAAAAACAUAACGCGGAUAUCUUGUCAACGCCUCAGGUUAUGGAAGCCAGAGCAAUGUGGAUGAAGGAACUGAAAGAGCAGACAAAGCCAGAAUUUGACUGGCCAGAAAUAAGCACAUACCAUUUCAAUGAAUAUGAACGUGAUGAUAUGCAGCAGGAUGAAGCCUACCCCGGUUCACCCAAUUACUUUACUGCUCGAAGCGUUCCGUUUAGGUCCUCUGCGUUUGAACCCGAAAGAUCUUCCACAUUGAUGCAUACUGAGAUUGAGGAGCACCCCACUGCAAGUUUGGAGACACAGACUGUUGACAAAUCUGUGACUGGAGAAAAUACUGUUGUUGACACAAAGAAUAAGGAUUCACCUAGAAUGCCAGUUCAAAGUUUUGAUGAUGAUGAUGACGACGACGACUGGCCAGAGGAAGAAUAUUCAGAUCUAGUUGGGUUCAGUGGAGCCGUUGCAUCCAUGGGAAUCGAAGAGGAUAUUUCCUUCAGUGAUCUGGAGGAUGACAUAGAUGUCUCUAUGCCCAUUAGAUCCAAGUCAGUUUCAGAUGGCCAAGAAAAGAGGAAUUCAUGAACGAAAUGGUGGACAGUGAAGCAACCACUUCUGGUAGUUUCUAUGGAAUGAAGCCGUACUUUGAGUCAAGCAUCGUAGAGGCCUUCCCUCAGGUUUUGCCUUGAUUCUGACUUAUUGCACUCUCAUGUUCCCCUAGUUUUGGGGACUUAAAAGGCAAAAACUCCAACCGUGACCUUUUCAUCACAGAGUAAUGGAAGGUCUCAAUUUUCAGUGACCAACCUAGCUUUCAAACAUGGGCAAGUUAGCAGUGUGAAAGAAGGGAUCAUCCAUAUCUUAUGAUCCCCAAUGCUUCGGAGUUUCUCUGAAAUGGGAAUCUGUACAGGAGCUUGUAUUUGAUGAUUAUCGUCCUUGCCAGAGCAAAAUACCAUUUGGCUUUUGUUACAAAGGUGAUACUCUUUACUUCCCGAGUUCUUCCAGAAGAAGAGGAAAACUCAGGUUUUGGGUACUUGAGAAGUAGACCGUGAAUUAUAUGUUUGGAUAAAUGUAUCGGGAACACUACAUACGGGACAUUGUCGUACCUAUAUUGAUUCAUUUGUUUUGUAUGAAUCGCUGCUUUCUCUUUGGUGGACUUUGGAAGUAACAGAAAUCAAAGAAGCUCAUUUGAUUAAUUCUUAA